AUGGGCCGCGCCUCACGGCAAAACGAAGACCGAGCCCUCAUCGCUCAAAAGGUCGAACCCAGACCCUACCUCUCAGUCUCUCCUUCCACAGCGCCAUCCGAGAGGCCGAUGGAGAUCAUCUUCUACUGCGGCCACUGCGGCACAAACCUGCCACGCGGACCUCCAGUGACGUGUUCGGUAUGCGGAGCAUAUCGGCAGUCGCCAGCGCACAAUACCCAGCCGAGGUUUCAUGAUUCGCAAUUACCCACGAGGAUGGGCUAA